UGGGAUUUUUUUUUAAAUGAUUUUUGUUUGUUUCUACAGGAUGGUUACCUCUUCAUCAAAAAUGGAGUCACGACUUCCUUACAGUUUGGAAAAGAUGUGUAUUUUUACCUGAAGAAUCCUCCCCCAGAAUUUCUCCCCAAAGUUGGUGUGAUCACAGUUUCAGGACUGACUGGAAUAGUCCUGGCCAGGAAAGGGUCUCGAUUCAAGAAAAUCGCCUAUCCCAUGUGCCUUGGCUCACUAGGUAUAUCUCUUUGCUACCCAGCACAGUCGGUGAUCGUUGCUAAGGUUACAGGUAGCAAAGUUUAUGCUGCGAGUCAUAUAAUGUACACAACUGUAGGAUCCCUCUGGACCAAAAAGCCUUCCGCAGAAGUUGCCCAGGAAAAAGAUACUCAGGAAGCUUCACGGGUCAGUCAUAGCCUUCCAAAAACUCAGGAGGCCCCUGUAGAAUCGGAGAACAAAGUGGAAACAUCAGAGGAACCGACCCAGAGGUCAGAAGUGCACAAAGAUUAUGAGACUUUGAUGGGUGAAAUGAAGGCGCCAAAUGUCAGAACAGAUGUAUUGAAGGCGCCCAAGUAUAAAGCAGAUGCCAGCCUCAUGGACUAUGGGCAGGCCAGCCCAGAAGAUGCAGAUCUGUAUAGUAAGAGAAGCUAAUACCCUCCAGUUUUCCUCAUGGGACUUUAAAAACAAGCCCUGUGCAAAUUGCUCACAGUCUGCAUGGUGAUAACGGAGUCAGGUAGCUUCUUAACUCUCGUUCUCUUGCCAAUUUUCUUGUGCAAUCCUUAA